AUGCUUGGUGUAGAUCUUAUUGUUAAUCCUUCUGUGAAUAAUUCUGAAGCUGCAACUAGCCUAACAGAAGGAGUGUUUUCUAGUAAAGGAGAAUGGACCCUCGUAAACGUCAAUGUAAUUCACGAUGUGGAUGCAAACUUGGUGAGGUAUCAGAUUUCCUUACAGAGAACUCCUCUAAAGUAUGUCAUUAACCUUGUUUUGCCAACCAUCUUCAUGGUUUUCAUGGAUGUUUCCAGUAUGUUCAUGCAGUCAUACGAAACCAGGUUUAGUUUCAAGAUUAUCCUGGUUUUAGGAUUCUCUGUGCUGCUGCUGAUUCUCAAUGCUAUGCUCCCUAAUUCUGACAGUCCACCAAUUUUGGGUAUAUUCUGCUGUGCAUGUAUGGCUCUGAUGAUUUUCAGUAUAGCUGGAUGUGUGUUGACCUCGUACGUGAUGGAAUUAUCUUCUAAGCAAUCCAGGAUACCAAGAUGGAUAAAGACUUGCUUGCUAAAUAAUCUGGCACAUGUGCUGUGUGUCAAAGUAAAGGAUGUUAAAGACUUGGAAAUGGUAAUUUCAAAGGACAAAGAUUGUUACAGUGAAUACAACCUCCAAUUACAGCCUCAUGUCAAUAAGAACUCUCAUUGGGAAAAAAAAGUAAACCUGCAGGAGAAGCUUCUAAAGAAGAUUCUAGCAGAGAUUGUUAAGUUUCAUAAAGAGUGGAAGAUGUCCAUUAACAAGGAGGAUGCAGAGUCAGAGUGGUAUACAGCAGCAGUAGUGAUAGAUCGCCUGGUCCUUAUCAUUUAUCUACUUUUUGUAGUCAUUGUGUUUAUUAUCCUGAUUGUUUCUUGGGCGCAAUAAAAACUAGGCUAAUGUCUUCUGGAUGUAAAUCUGGUAUUUAAAAAAAUCUUAUUAUAAUCAAUUCACCGUUUGGCUAGAUCAGUUCUUUAUCUGUAUCAAUAAAAUUGGAUUGUAUGGAUUUGGA